AUGUCGCUUCAGCACAAUGUCCGCCCUCCUUUCAAUACGCCUACUCGAGGCCCUCCGGCUCAAAGCAUGCAGCAACGCCGUCUCCUUCCCAACGACCCUCGUUUGCAUCAUGUGGUUGCAAAGAAUCAAUUUAAUAAGAAAAAGCGACGCAUGGCUGAUCGUUUAUUGACGAAAACUGUUCGUCAAAUCAUUCCGGAAUCGGAAUCUUAUAUGGAGUUGCUAGAGGUUGAGAAGAAGCUGGAUCUUGUUCUCAUGAGAAAACGUCUCACUCUCCAAGAAUCUCUUAAACAGCCACUUAAGACAAAAAGGACCCUUCGUGUUAUGCUGAGUAGCGCUUUUAAACCUGGGAAUCCUGAUACUAUUGGCCCUGAUGGUCAGUCAAACAAUGACGGUUGCCCACCAGGUUGGGAAUUGAAAGUUGAGGGUCAGCUCUUGGAAAAGUCUCCAGGACAGUCCAACGGCCCACCGGUUGUUGAUACGAAAUUCCGUCGCAAGUUUUCCACUUUUUUCAAGUCUCUUGUCAUCGAACUUGAUCACGAACUCUAUGGUCCUGAUAACCAUCUAGUUGAAUGGCAUCGUACGGCUACCACUCAAGAGACUGAUGGUUUCCAGGUUAAACGGUCUGGCGAUAGCAACGUUCGCUGCACGAUUAUUCUGAUGUUGGAUUAUCAACCACCGCAGUACAAAUUAGAUCCUCGCUUGGCGCGUAUUUUAGGUCUACAUACUGGUACUAGAUCUCAGAUUUUUUACGCUCUCUGGAAUUAUAUCAAAGUCCACAGACUUCAAGACGUGCACGAAAAGGACUUUAUCAACUGCGACGUAUAUUUGGAGCAGGUCUUUGCCUGUUCGCGAAUGCGUUUUGCGGAGAUUCCGAGUCGUCUAAUUCAGUUGCAGCUAGCUCCUGACCCUAUCAUUAUCAAUCACGUUAUUGUCAACGAUUCUGAGGAUCCUAAUAAAACUCUCUGCUAUGAUAUUGAAGUCGAAGUAGUACGUUCUAACCUCAAUGAUGAUGCCUACAAAUCGAUGGUACAGAAUUACCUCCAGAAUACCCAAUCGAAUCAGGAGCUGACCGCUAUUGAUAAUAAGAUUUAUGAACUCGUGGAUCAAAUCAAUCAAAUGAAGGUACACCGCGAGUUCUAUUUGGAGUUCAGUCAAGAUACACACACCUUUAUUACACGUUGGUUGGCGAGUCAGUCUCACGAUCUACAACAAAUGACUGACGCAACACCUGGUCAUCCUGAACAGGAACGUCAUGCUGAAUUCUAUGAGGAGCCUUGGGUUCAUGAGGCUAUCAAACGCUACCUCUAUCAAAGGGUUAGUUUUCUUUUUUCUUUCAUUUAA